AUGGUGGCACAUGAUUUAUCGGAUGCAUCAAUAGGUGGAACCAUUCUACUUGAUGGCCAGUAUUUCCGUGAUGCAUAUGGUCGUGUCCUACUUCUACGUGGAGUCAAUGUAGGAGGAGCAAGCAAAUUACCAUCUGAACCACGAAACGUGCUCCAAACAUAUGCGGACCCUGAACAUUUGACCUUUGUGAAUAGACCGUUCUCCCUUGAAGAGGCUCCUGAACAUUGCAUGCGUCUUCGCACAUGGGGUCUGACUCUGGUGCGUCUGCUCGUAACGUGGGAGGCUCUUUCCCAUGAGGGCCCCUGUCCUGAGUACCCCAUCGAUCAAGCUUAUGUCGCCUAUUUGCGAAGCCUACUUGGCAUUUUUUCGGAUUAUGGUUUGAAAUGUAUUAUCAAUGCACAUCAAGAUGUUUGGAGCAGACUCUGUGGUGGUAGUGGUGCACCAGGCUGGACAUUUAGCGCUGCAAGCUUAAACCGAAAUCAUCUUGAACCAACAGGAGCAGCACUCGUCCCAGGAGCAGGAGGUAUUCGAAUGAAAAGUGAGCCUCCUACAGGUAAGACAGAACCUACGGGACCCUUCAACUGGCCUUCGGGUUACCAGAAGAUGGCACCCUGUACUAUGAAUACUUUGUUUUGGGCCGGCAGUGUUUUUGCACCUCAGAUGUGCUUACUUCGUGACACUGAAGGAAGAAUACUUGAUGAAAAAGAUGCGAUCAACAUUCAACACUUUCUUCAGAAUGCUUAUGUGGAAGCCUACGGCCAGCUGGUUGACGCCUUGGCUUCAUGUCCAGCGUUAAUUGGUAUUGAAUUAAUGAAUGAACCGCAUCGAGGAUACGUGAAUUUGUAUUCUUUCAAUCGCUGGAAUUAUUUGACUGACCUGCAUAUUGGUCAUUAUCCUUCUGCCUUACAAGGUCUAGCUCUAGGUGAUGGCCAUUCGCAGAUGAUACCAUUUUAUGUCAAAACUUGGCCCGUCCCCUCGCGUUUAUCUCAUUAUACACGCGUCGAUCCACAAGGUCUCUCCGCCUGGUACAAGAGUUCAGAUUCACAGUCUUUCCCCAAUACUCGCAAACAAGACGGUUGUUUGUGGAGAGAACACGGCGUGUGGGACUGGGACGAAAAAAAGCAGAAGCCCAUUGUGCUUCAGGCUGACUACUUCCAUGUGGAUCCCCGUCCGGGCCAACAGCGACGUCCUGUUGAAUGGUACAGAGACUUUUAUGCGCCAUUUGUUCAGAAAUUCGACCAACGUGUUCGACGAUCGUCUCCCUCUCUAUUUCUCUUGGUGGAGCCGAUCCCGAACGAAUUUAUGCCUCGUUGGGGUCAUGGUAAAGAGCCCCACCCGUGCACAACACAGACAAUUUUACCACAGCCUCGGCCCAGUAACUUUGUAUACGCACCUCACUUUUACGAUUUAAAUGUGUUGUUUUUUAAGUCGUACCGCGGUAUGAGUGUAAAUGUUCAAGGACUGGGCCGAGGUAUGUUUUUGUUGUGUGCACUGUACUUCGGCACAUGGGGUCUGUUUAGGAACUACUUGCAUCAGAUCACAACCCUCUGUCGCCGAGGACGUGAUGCAUUGGGCCAAGUACCAAUUCUACUUGGUGAAGUCGGUAUCCCCUACGAUGUAAACGAGUCACUGAUUAGGAAUCCUGGUGACUAUAGUGUGCAAGUUACAUUGCUCGAUGCAUUAAUUUCUGCGAUGGAAAAAAACUGGGUUUCCUUCACACUUUGGAAUUAUAAUCCUUCCAACACCGUCGCUCAUGGUGAUGAAUGGAAUAUGGAAGAUUUUUCCAUUAUCAACCUAGAACUACCUGCGAAGGAUAAGCAAAAUACGCAUUACGAUAAAAUCGAGUAUCAAGGUGGACGUGCACUUGAUGCCAUUAUUCGUCCGUAUGCGUGUAAAGUGGCAGGGAUCCCUCAACGUACGUCGUGGAACCGUCGCACGCGCACAUUCACCUUCACGUGGCGAGCGAUGGAUACGACGUCAGAAGAUCCGAAAAGUGCGAUAACAGAGAUUUUCGUACCAGAAUACCUGACGCAUGGAUCUGUUCCAGAAAUUGUCGUGAAGCAUGGCGAAUAUGAGUUCCACGCAUUGAACCAGACCUUGUAUGUGAAAACAACGGAUGAGCCUGGAGCAAUGUACUCGGUUACCAUUCGAUUUGGAGUCAGAACUAAAGUACAGCCCGUAAUUGGCAUUGGGCUUGCUGUUCUAGUGCUCCUGUUCGCGCUACUUUCUCAUUUGUAUAUGAAACGAAUGACAUGA